AUGGCCAACUCAAAUGAGCACAAUGUUUACUUCGGCACGGACUCGUUGAAGAAGUACUUUGAUCCUGAUUGUCAGCCUCCGUUGCCUCUUGUUGAGCUGCCAGAACAUCUCAACCCAUACUAUCAAGAUGGGGUUCGCAUAUACGCCAAGAUGAUGACCAUGCACCCAGCAAACAACGUUAAAGCUAUGCCAGCUUUGAACAUGUUGGAAACAAGCGUGGUUCCUAACAAGACCAACACUAUCAUCGAAUACAGCUCCGGAUCAACGGUGAUUUCCAUGUCCAUGAUUGCGAGAGUCAUGCACGGCGUCAACGAUACUCGAGCUUUCCUGAGCAACAAGACUAGUGAUGCCAAACUGAAACUGAUGCAGUUCUUCGGUCUAAGCAUCACCCUAUUUGGUGGACCCUCGCAACCAGAGCCCGUCGACGAACGUGGUGGCAUCCAAAACGCCCGCAGACAAGCUCAAGAGUCCGAUUCAAUCGUCAACCCUAACCAAUACGAGAACGACAACAACUGGCAGUCGCACAUCCGAUGGACCGGACCCCAAAUCUUCAAACAACUACCCGAGAUCAACGUUCUCUGUGCUGGCAUGGGUACAUCGGGUACCAUGACCGGACUAGGCACAUACUUCAAGAGCGUGAAGCCAUCCGUGACGCGGAUCGGGGUGUGCACAGCAGCUGGUGACCGCGUACCUGGCCCCCGGUCCUAUGCACUAUUACGACCAGUCGAGUUCCCAUGGAAAGAAGCAGUGGAUACCAUCGAAGAAGUCGGGUCCUCUGACUCGUACACCUUGUCCCUGAGACUAUGCCGAGAGGGGCUAGUCUGCGGCCCAUCAUCCGGAUUCAACCUGCAGGGCCUGUUCCAGAUGCUGGAAAAACGUAAGGCAGCCGGUACAUUAGCUGAUUUGGCCGGUCCAGACGGAGUGACUCACUGCGUCUUUUUGUGCUGCGACUUGCCAUACCAGUACAUUGAGGAGUAUUUUCAGAAACUAGGCUCUGAGCAAUUCCCUCCCAUCCACAAUGAGCAAUUGACAAAAGUCGAUCUCCACCGCUAUGACGAAGCCUGGGAGCGGGAUGCCCUGGAUGUUCUACCGCAGGUGUACGGAUGCCCCCGGUCCCUCGCGGAAAGUCAAAUGAGCGAGAUCACGCUAAAACCGCAGCACCGGGUCCUCGAUCUACGGAAACCAGAUGACUUCCGUGCUUGGCAUCUUCCCGAGUCGAUCAACGUCCCGCUGGCCAGUGUCGGGCCACACACAGCAUCACCGUUUUCGGAUCCCGCGGUGUUGGAGGCGCAGUGGGUGGAGCUGGAAAAGCUAUUCCGCGACGGCCGCUUGGUGUCUCAGCUUGGUUCGCAUCAUGUCCUGGUGGUAUGCUACGAUGGGGAUACAGCACGCGUGGCUACUAGUGUUCUUCGGGCGAAGGGCCUUGAAGCGGACAGUGUACGCGGUGGUUUCCAUGCGCUGAAAAUUUAUGGGAUCGGGAGUGAGAGCCCCGCUGUGUCCACUAAGGCUUCUGGGCCUAUUGCGGCAACUGUUUCUGUUUCGGCCGUGGCCCUUGAUUAG